AGUGUUUGUGGUGGUUACGUGAUGUUGUGGUGGUUACGUGAUGCACUGACAUUUAAUGUUUUGUUGUGAUUUGACACGUCGAGUUUCCUCGUAGGAAGAAGACACUUUGGUUUAAGGACGUGCUAUGAGUUUUAGAUAACGUUUUAUUCUAGAGGAGCUGCCUUAAUUGAGCUAGAGAACUGGGAAAGGUGUAAAGAAAAGAGUAACAGCAUUGCUUUGAAUUUUGAUUUUGAGGUGACACACAGUGAAAAUGUUACCACUUUCAAAGAACUGCUUCAAAACUGUUUCGUCCCUCUGCUCAGCCUACCCCUUAGGUCUUUCCAGCAAGUACAUUCUAAGAAAUGGAUUCGGUUCACUGAAACAACAAGUUUCAUUGACAGCUCAUAGGCAAACCACAUCUUUAGCUGCAUCCGCAUCUGCAUCUGUGAGAGCUGCGCCCAAAAAUGAGAGAUUGGUUGGAUAUUGGCUUUUGGGAUGUGGUUCCAUGGUUUUUGGUGCAGUUGUGCUAGGUGGGGUAACACGCCUUACUGAGUCUGGGUUGUCAAUGGUAACAUGGAGAUUACUUGGUGAAAAGAGACCAGUCACACAAGCAGAAUGGGAAGCUGAGUUUCUUAAGUAUCAACAAUUUCCAGAGUUCAAGAUAAAAAACAGAGACAUCACUUUAAAUGAGUUCAAAUGGAUCUGGUGGAUGGAAUAUGCGCAUCGGAUGUGGGGACGUACACUUGGUGCAGCAUUCUUGAUCCCAGCUGCAUUUUUUUGGGCUCGUGGUUAUCUAAGACCCGCUAUGAAGAAGCGUGUUUUGGCAUUUGGUACAUUAAUUGGUUUGCAGGGCCUGAUGGGCUGGUAUAUGGUACAAUCAGGAUUGGAGGAUCGUUUCCAUGGAGAGAGUGACGUUCCAAGAGUGUCUCAGUACCGCUUGGCAUCACAUCUUAGUGUUGCAUUUGUGUUGUAUACACUCUUUUUGUGGUCUGCUCUUGACAUUCUGCUGCCAGCACAAGCAGCUCCACUUGUGAAUAAGGCAACACGCCGAUUUAGAAUGCUUGCACACACAUGCAAGGGCCUGGUAUUCUUCACUGCUGUAUCAGGUGCGUUUGUUGCUGGUCUGGAUGCAGGACUUGUGUACAAUUCAUUCCCAAAAAUGGCAGAUCGGUGGAUACCAGAUGAUAUUCUAGCAUAUUCUCCACCACUUUCAAAUAUAACAGAAAACCCGACAACUGUGCAGUUCAACCACAGGAUUCUGGGAACAUCUACACUGGGAAUAAUUACGGGGAUGUGGCUACUGUCACGUAAGAGGGUUCUUCCACCCCGUGCUUACACAGCAGCAACUGCUGUGGCUGUCAUGGCCUGGUUGCAGGUUACACUUGGAAUCACCACACUUCUCACAUAUGUUCCUGUCCCAGUUGCUGCAAGCCAUCAGUCUGGCUCACUUGUUCUACUGUCAUUACUUGUGUGGCUCACUCAUGAAUUGAAAUAUGUCAAGAAGUUACCAAAGUAAUGGAAAUAUAAAUGAUUGUUACCAA